AUGGCUCAAGCCGAAAUCAGUGCGGAACAUCCUAGAAAUCUUAUACCAGAACUCUGUAAACAAUUCUACCAUUUGGGAUGGGUCACAGGAACAGGUGGUGGGAUAUCUAUAAAAGAAGGAGAAAAAAUCUACAUUGCACCAUCUGGAGUUCAGAAAGAGAGAAUGAAACCUGAUGAUUUAUUUGUGCAGACUAUUCAUGACGAAGAUUUAGAACUACCUCCACCAGAAAAAAAGCUCAAGAAGAGUCAAUGCACACCUCUAUUUAUGUUAGCGUAUCGGGAACGCAACGCCGGCGCUGUCAUACAUACACAUUCGCCGCACGCAGUUCGUUGCACGCUAUUGUAUGACAAGGAGUUUGUAAUCACACAUCAGGAGAUGAUCAAGGGUGUAAAAGAUGCCCAACUGGGGCGCUACUUGCGAUACGAUGAGAAAUUAGUCGUUCCUAUUAUUGAAAACACGCCAUUCGAGAAAGAUCUAGCGGGUAGCCUUGGUGAAGCUAUAAGAAAAUAUCCUGGCACAAGUGCAGUACUGGUCCGUAGACACGGAGUGUAUGUGUGGGGCGAUACAUGGCAGCAAGCAAAAACUAUGACCGAAUGCUACGAUUACUUAUUUGAGAUGGCAGUAGAAAUGAAGAAACUUGGACUGGACCCGGCGCUUAAUCCAGAAAUGGUACAUAACAAAACGCAAAAUGGAAAAUAA